UGGUUGCCACAGAGAAGAUGUUGCGGGAUAUUAUUGUCAGGCAUUCUUUGCUUUGAUGGAGCAAGUUCACGGAAUAUUUCUACGGAGCUGUGGUAACGAAGGGCUAUCGUAUCGGACAGUUUGUAGCUAGUUUAGCUAGCUAGCUACUAUAUUGGAUUUAUUUAAGUUAUUUCGCUUGAUCGCUUCUUAGCCAACAUGUUGCAUUUCGCUUAUUAUGUGUAGAAAGAUGAGAGCAAGCUAACUUAAGCUAGCUAGCCAGCCAGCCAGCCUAGUGCGCCACACACAGAAGGUUAGGCUGCACAUAAAUACUCAUUUUAGGCAUCAACCACUUGUUCAAACUAGCUUCUAGCAGACCCACUUGACAGGCUCUAGGCUUAUAGUUAACGUUAGCUUUUGGCUUUUAGGUAGCUACUGUUAACGUGUGUUGAUUUAAUAAAUCAGUGCCACCAAGACAUACUGUAGCUAUUCUCACUGAAACGUCACCAUUUGGCGUUGGAGUCAUUUGCGAUAACAACACAAGCAAGGCCUUGUCAGGAUGCACACUACCCGUAGCCCGUCGUCCAUCCAGGCCGGAGGAACAGGGGAUGCCCUGGACCUGUCUCUGUCAGGCUCCCAGCUCUCGGUGUCCCGCCGGCCCAGCUCUGCCUCUCCAGGGAAAGUCUUCUCCCGCUCUGUGUCUGUCUCUGUAGCCAGCGAGAGCAGGGGCAAACGCAACACACUGGGUGAUGCUGGAAUUGGCAGCUCCCGUUCUAUCAAGAACCUGAGAAGGUCCAACAGUACUACACAGGUCAACCAGCAAGCCAACAUCAGCCUAAGUGAGGACCAGACAGAAGACUUCCUGGCGUUGUUUGACAGCAGCUCAGACGGACGCAGGAAGCUGGCCAGCCUCAGUAAGGCCUCCCCGGACCGUACCACCUGGAACAUCCUGGAUGACCAGCCAAGAGCAUUCCCUAUACCCACCAGCUCUCGCUCCACGGGCAGCGUGGACUCCCCCAUCACCAGUGGCCCGAUGAGGAGAGAGACCGGGGUAGCCCUGGCUGCCAACUUCACCGCUAACAACAGGAGCAACAAGGGAGCUGUGGGGAACUCUGUCACAACCAUCUUGCAUAACAACUACUCUGACAAACCCCUCACCCCCAAGAGCUCCAACCAGAAACCCUCCUUCAAUAACAUCCUGAAAGCCACAGUGAAUGACGAGGGACCCCUGGAGAGCAGCUCUCUGACCACCAAGUCCCAGAAGAACUUCUCCUCGUCCUCCUCUACAUCUAACAACAAUGCUGCCCAGCACAGCCCCAGAGGCUCCCCCAGCAUGCCCCGCAGGAGAGAGGUCACCGAGGAGGAGGCCGAGAGGUUCAUCCAGCAGGUGAACCAGGCAGCGGUGACCAUCCAGCGGUGGUAUAGACGCCACACCAGGAGACAGUCACAGCACGCCAGCCAGGCUGCCCUCAGACGCAUCCUCACCACCAAGAAGAAGGAACGAGAACAGAGAGCAGAGGAGGAGAAGUCUCCAGAGGUGCAGAAGAAGGAGGAGGACCGGAAACGGAUUCGUGAGGAGAAGGCUCGUCUUGCCCGCGUCGCAGCCAUUCAGGAGCUGCAGCAGAAGAGAGCCCAGAGGGCUGCUGAGAUACAGGCCUCGGCCCAAGAGGAGAUGGAGACCCUGAGACACAGUGGCAAGGUGGGCCGUAAGAAACCCCCCAAGACCACCACCUCCUCCCCCAGCAACAAGACCACCACCUCCUCCCCCAGCAACAAGAGCCCCACACCCCCCUGCAACAGGAACCCUAUCUCCCCCACUGGCUCUGACGUCAAGGCCCAGAACACAGACUCUAACAAUGUGAACGUUGUGACUGACCUGGAUGACGUCACCAACUUGAGACCGCUGUCCCCUGCACUGUCCAAUCGCAGAGACUCUCAAUGCUCUCAGGAGAUUCUGCAGCGGUCAGUGAGUGUGGAGGACCAGCGCCAAGGGGCGCCGUCGAGCAGAGCCCAGUCUAAGACCACCCUGAACGACCUGCUGGACACUUUGAAACUCCUAGAGGAAGAACCAGAGAGGCUGUCUGAACCCAAGAGCUACCACAAAGAGAAGUACUCCUGGAUAGACGAGGAUGGAGACUCCAACUCCCUGACCACUGAUAACCUGGAGCGUCAUGGCCAGCUGGUCCAUACCCCUGUGCUGCCAGACGGGGGCGCUCUCCUCUCUGAGGCCAAACUACAGAGCAUCAUGAGCUUCUUGGAUGAGAUGGAGAAGUCUGAACAGGAGAGACCUCGAUCUGUCACCUCAGGGUCACACAAAGAGAUGUUGUCAGAAGAGGAGCUUGCGGGAAUAGAGCAGGCCUCGGCCACGGCUGCUGAGGUCACUGGCUCCAUGAUGAGACUGAAGUUGGAGCUGGAGGAGAAGAGGCGCACUGUCAACAUGCUGCAGACCGCUCUGACCCAGCAGAGGGAGUUGACAGUGAGGCAUGUAAAGGAGACAGAGAAGGAAUUGAGCAGGAACUUCACUCUGCAGAAGGAGCAGUAUGAAGCCACCAUCCAGAGACACCUCACGUUUAUAGACCAGCUAAUAGACGAUAAGAAGGCUCUGAGUGAGCGUUGUGAGGGAGUGGUGGGAGAGCUCAAACUAGUGGAUCAGAAAUACACUAAGAAGAUCGGCCAGAUGCAGGAGCAGCAUGAACUGGUGUGGCAAAUUCUGGGUCCCUUGUGCGAGGAGAUCAAGAAGCUGAAAGAGUUGAUGAGUGCCACAGAGAAAGUCCGCAGGGAGAAGUGGAUCGACGAGAAGACCAAGAAGAUAAAAGAGAUCACUGUGAAAGGUCUGGAGCCAGAGAUCCAGAAGCUGAUCUGUAAACACAAGCAAGAGCUGAAAAAGCUGCGGGUGCUUCAUGAGGCUGAGCUGCUGCAGGCAGACGAGAGGGCAGCCCAACGCUACGUUGGCCAGAGUGAAGAGCUACGACAACAGCUGGAGAGAGACCGGGACGAGCAGUGUCAGAGAGAGAGGGAACUGGCCAAGCAGAGAUCACCGCCCUGCAGGCAGCGUGCUGAGCUGGAGGACCUGAGGAAGCAACUGGAGGAUAACAGCUCCCUGGCAGGGAGAGCUCUUAGAGAAGAGCUGGAGAAGAGCAGGGAGGAGCAGGAGAGGAGGCACCAGGUGGAGAUAAAAGCCCUCAGAGAACGCCUGGAGAUCGAGAAACAGACCUGGGAGGAGAACUACAUGAAGAAGGAGGAAGCAUGGUUGUUGAGUCGAGAGCGCGAGCUGAAGGAGGAAGUACGUCGGGGGCGGGACAAGGAGAUCGAGCUGGCCAUUCAGAGGCUGGAGGAGGAGACGAGCGGGGCCCGCGACGAAUGUGACCGGGCCGCUGACAAUCGUGUGAAGCGUGUGCGGGAGAAGUACGAGGCUGAGCUGAAAGAGUUGGAGCGCUCUGAGAGGUCUGCCUUGGAGAAGCAGCAGGAAAUGAAGAAGAGACAGAGUGAGAUGGAGGGAGAGCUGAUCACACUACAGGGCCAGCUCAGACAGAGAGAGCAGGAGAUCGAGGACCUCACACAGAUCCGUGACAAGCUGUCUGAGGAGCGUCGCAGCCUGGCAGAGGUUAUCAGGCAGGAGUUUGCUGAAAGACUCAUUGUGACGGAGGAUGAGAACAGGAGGAUGAAGACCGAGACAUCGGAGGCCAGGGCCAGGCUAAGGCUGGAGGUUGAGAGGGUCACCAGGGAGAAAGAGGAGGAGCUGGCAGAGGUCCACCAACGGGUGAAGUCAGCCAUCUUGAAAAAGGAAGAGACUGUGGCUAGCCUUAGGAAGCAGCAUGAGGCUGCUCUGAAGAGGGCGGACCACCUGGAGGCCCUAUUGGAACAGCAGAGGAAGCAGCUGCUCGAGAAAUGACUGACAGGAGGGCAGGACUUGAACAUCACCAUCUCCACCUCUUAUGCCUCUCUCUUCCCCUCAUCACUCCUUCAUCUGUUCUGUCACUUGGGGCCCCACUUUUCCCUCAGUUUUUUCUUUGGUCUGGUGGAUGUGUUUCUGAUGGACUAGAAAGAGAGAGUGAGAGAAACAGAGAAAUUGAGCCUGCUUGACUGUAUCUCUGCAGACUUCUUGAUAAAGACCCAGAUAUUAGAGACCGAGCCUGGCCUCUCCCAAGCAGGCCGAAUACGGACAGGGAAACGGGCUGGAGAGGAUACCGUCUGCUGUUUUAAGAGCCUCUCACGCUGGAGGAGCCACAGACAAGGGGUGCUGUGAUCUUUAACUGCCCAGUGGACUCCUGGAAGGACUGAACCAUACUCUACCUAUAGAGCUUAUAGACUAGGGGGCAGUGUUCGUUUACAGUGCAGAGGCUCAAACAGUAAAGCAGUGAACGAACCAUUCUGUCCCCGUAGGGGCCAUGAACCGGGAGGUCUGUGUUCUUUAACUGCCCAGUGAACUCCUGGACGGACUGAACCAUUCUCUGGAACCACCUCUGGAAUUUAUAUGAAUUGUGAACCCCCCUAAAAUCUGAAGGAGUGGGAGAGCCCGUUCCCCACAGAGCAGAGAACAGUUACAGAUGUUCUAAGCCAGCCCAGGCCUGCUCUGUGACAGUGUGGAGUUUCCCAGCAGGCAGAGAGAGGUGGAGGGGGCUAGGUGGUCUUUCUGAGAAGGAGGGAAGGGAAUCAGCACCCCAACACCACCCUCUUCCCCUGCUGAGGUCCUGCAGUUAGUUGUUCAGACACAUCAGUACAGGGUGCUGUUGAAUGAAGCUGGGGCUCGAGGUUGCUCGGCAUUGCCCUUUGUGUAUGAGUUACAGAUGUCUUUUGUCCCGGUGCCCCUCUGGGCUAGUGCCAAUUACAGGAUCUGCUGCCUUGGCUUGGUGCGACCCCCCCCCCCCCUUCCCACACACUCACUCACAAUCACACCCUUCGCCCCUGCCCCCUGGCAGUCACAAGCCUAGUUUAGCUCUGACAGGCAGAUUUGUUAUGAAUGUCUUCAUCCAAGUCAAAUCUAACAAUGAGUCUAGAAAUAAUACUAACCUUGGUGUUGACAAGUUGUAUAGCGUGCUAGGAUGUCAAUAGAAGGAAAGAGUGAGGGAUGGGUGUGGGAGUAAUUGUGGGAUGCAGAAAGAAUAGACAGAUAGGAGACAGUGAAGAAUGAUGCUCUGAUAGUGUGUUUAAUCUUAUUGAGCGUCAUGGUUGCGGUAUGGGUUUUGAAAGUGAGACAGAAGGAGAGGGCGAUGAAGGAAUGUGCAUAGGAAGUGUUUAUAGGAUUAGGAAAGCUGAGACUCAGACUGACUGGGGUAUGGGGGGCACAACACACGCCUAGUGGUUUCAUGUGACCAGAGACCCAAACCUAAAAGCCCCAUGAGCCUGGUGGGUCUGAUAGGAUGAUAGUCUGAGGGCUACACUGUGACAAAAAUACAUUUAACUCUCACUGAAAGGGUCCAACACUGGGCCCCUCCACUCAACAGAAGUAAAGUCGCCCCUAAACAUCCAGGGGAAGGAACUAUCAAACUGGUUAAUGAGAUUUUCAGAAGCCGUCUAGGUACUUUCUAGCUUUGCAUGUCUCUUUUAUCUUGUAUGUUGUUUUAAUAUAUUUUUUAUGCUUUUUAUUUGUUUACACCUUAAAAAGGUUUAAUGUUUUGUAUGUCCCACUCAGAAACUAGAAACUGUUUUUGUUUUAAAUUUUCAGUCUGAAACAGUGUACUUCUGGGUAACUUCAUAUCCUGAAUGGAAUGAGGGCCGAGGGGGGUUGUGAAACCUGGAAUGCGACCCAAAUGGCGCCCUAUUCAAAUGGCACUCUAGUCUAAAGUAGUGCACUAUAUAGGGAAUAGGGUGCCAUUUGGGAUACAACCCUUGGUGCUUCAGUGAGAAGCAAACCCACCAGGAAGUAUAGUAAGCCUUGUAUUUAGGUGAAAAAGAAUGUGACAGAUGUUAUUCUGUGUGGUUCUGCUCAGUCGGCCCUCUUAUCUGAAUCUAUUUCAGAUAUGUUCUAUUUUUCAUAUUUAUUUGCAAUUUUUUUUAAAUGUAUUUUACCGGCUGAUCUGAUGCUCUCGUAACUGGCUCCCGGUGUGUUUAUCCUUUACAUACAAGUGCUAUGCACAAAGUGAUGGGUUUUUACUGAAGUCUAAUUUUAAUUUAGUCUCCCAUUAACAUCAAUGCAUGACUAAGUGGAAGUUUGAAGUUAAUGAUUACAAUGCAAGCAGCCCUAUUCCAAGAUGGUGCUUGUCUACCUUUUCGUUCACAGAAACACUACACAUCCACGCCCAGUCUGAGCUGUACAGUUAGUGAUGCUCCAUGGUGCCAUUUUAUUUAGGAUGGUAUGUGUUUAGUAUGUCAGGUUUUGCUGAUGGGAAAUCUAGAUAUAGUGUCAAAAGCCAAUAUUGCGGCUUCCUUGGAGUGUCAUCUAUGGGUCUAGUUUCUCCUUUUUAGCCUUGUGUCUUCUUGGCUUUUCAGUUGGGGGAGGUCUGACAGUGAAGGCUCAACAAUGGCAGCGCUGUCACAUACUGUCUCUCUUCAUCCUAUUGAGAGGAGGCGGGCAACUUCCAAAAAUUCCCAAAUAUUCCCAAACUUCAGACACAAAAUUCCACUCUUCUAAUCAAUAUCACAGAAGCAUUUCAAUGGCAAGGCUUUGAAUGGCAGUUAAGUCACCAUGUGUUUCUCUCAUCUUUAACUUUAUUAGUCAUUGGCUACAUCCUAAAUGGCACCCUAUUCUCUGUAUAGUGCACUACUUUUGACCAGUAGUGCACUAUAUUGGGGAUGUACAUAUUUCUGUAGCCAUGGUGGAGAUUACAUGGUUUGCAUGUGGAAUUGGCUCCCUAUUCCAAAUAUACUGCACUACUUUUGACCAGGGCCUGCAUUGGACUCAAAACUAGUGCACUAAAUAGGAAAUAGGGUCCCGUUGCGGGCACACAGCCUUGAUCCCUACCAUUCCUCAGACAGUUGGCACUGCGUUCAGGGUUGUUGGCCUCUUUGCCCAGAAGGGUGGCAGCAUGACUGGCAUGCCAGUCCCACACGUGCCAAUGAGUCCUGCCUUUGUGUGUGUGUUUCACUUUGGCCUGGGAUGACCUCCGUGAAACACACACUCGCUCUCACUUGUACCCUUCGUUUGUGUUGAAUUUGAAAUCUAACUUUCUUCACAAACCACUCCAGCUGUCUUUGAUUGUAUUAUUUGUGUUCAGUUUUUGAUAUUGUCAUUUUAAUGUAACCCCAUGUGUUCUUACUUGUAGCUCCUGGUCUGAAUCUUAACUAGGCUCUACUUUAGUUGUUGUAGUUUAGUUGCAUUGUUAUUCAUGGUGAUGGUUUGAAACUGUGGGGGGGAAAAAACUGUUGACUGAUCCUCAGUAAAAAAGAAAAUAAAGAAGAAAAGCCUAUUUGGAAGAG